UCAAAUUUUUCGUUUACGACUGUUGAAGCAAUUUGUUGCCCCAUCAGGACUCGGCACGGAAGGUUACCUGGCUGCCUGGCUCGAUCCAAUACAUCUCCGGCGAGUUCCUCCCCGAGAGGAAGAUGAACCUGUCAUGUCCUUUACCUUCCACUGGCCACGAUUCUCAGACCAGUUCCACUACGAUGCUAUCCAGAUGCUCAAUACCGCGCUCAACAAGGGAAACAAACCUCCGAUUAUCGCCGACAAGAUUGAGGUAGUGGAGUUGGAAAUGGGAACCCAGCCGCCUGAGCUUGAAAUCCGGGAUAUCGGGGACUUGACGAUGGACCAGUUUCGUGGAAUAUUUAGGCUCACCUACGCCGGAGAUGCGCAUUUGGUUCUGCGAACCAAAGUCCAAGCCAAUCCACUCAACCACAAGCAUCCCGACAUUGACUUCAUGACUGGCUCUCGAGGGAUGCUCGCUGCGAAGGAGGCGCUGGUGGUGCCCAUGCUGCUCCGCCUAUCGCACUUCAAACUCAGCUCGUAUGUUGUGCUGGUCGUCUCGAAGCAAAAGGGCAUCACCAUCGUCUUCAAAACCGACCCGCUCCAGAGUGUGGACAUCAAUAGCACCUUUGAUUCUAUCGCUGUGAUUCAAAAAUUCAUCCAGCGCGAAAUUGAAGGCCAGCUGCGCCAAAUGUUUCGAGAGGACCUGCCCGGUAUCAUCCACCGUCUCAGCCAGCAAUGGGUCAAAGCGAAAGUGGAGAUUCCGCCUCCCCGGCCGCACGUUGGGCAUCACAGCGCACCACCCAGCCUAACGCGACAAAACGUGCACAUGUUAAACUCUGCCUCGUUACCUCUACCUCGGACCCCAUCGCCUUCCAUCAGCCGUACUCAGCUCACGCGGCGAACAACACGAUCCUCGCUUCCGCGGCGCACAUCCACGCCGCCGCCAGCACCGCUGCUCAUCGAUCCUGAUGUGUUCGAUCCUACGUACGGCCUCCGUCCGGAAGGAAUCCCGGCGAAAAGUGCCUUCCGUGGCUUCCAGAGCCUUUUUUCCCCGUCACGGGGCCUCGCUGAUCUGGAGGAACUCGACGACGAAUCGGCGGGUCUCUCGGAAGACUUGGACACGACGUAUGACGUGCUCGACUGGGGUGGGAUGAGCCCCAGUGUUGCGGAGGCCCAUGAGCAGGAGUAUGAGCGCAUGCCAGCGGUUGGCGGCGGUACAAUUGUCCGGCCUCGUGUCAUCCAUUCGCAGUCUCCUCCAAACGUUUCUUCACAUUCCACCGCGGCAGUCUUCUCUGCACAAACCGAACUCUCGUACAAUCCCUUCUCUGCUGCCUUUGCCUCGGCUCCGUCACCCAGUUCGUCCCGAUCGACGUCCCCGUCUCCUUCUCAUUCCUUGUCGACACCGCCAUCUUCCACGUCCAUCUAUCACGAACUGACUGAGCCCCAGUCCCUGGGCGCCAACAUCGUGCACGAGCUCUCGAUGCUCGCACAUUCCAAUCACACCUUAUCGCCCUACACCAGGUCCCUUUCCCACUACGCGGUCCGCAGCGGCCCGCCACGACCCCCGGCGGUGGGCACGGCUGUCGCUCGCAAGGGUAAACGACGCCGAACGUACCGGAUCGGUGGCGGGACCAGCAAGGCUCGGGCUCCGGAUGCUGCCGAGGUAGAGGGGGAAACGCCUGCGCCAGGUGAAGAGCUGUCUACGUCGGAAUUCGAUGCUGGGGACAUGGAUGUGUAUUUUCGGCGCAUUGAUCUGGAUGGGGAGUAUGGUUCGACGGGGGGCCAUCCCUCGCUACGACAUCGGCGUUCUUCUCGAGCCACGUCCUUGGGCUGA